UAGCUUCAAAAUGGCGACCAAGGGUUGAAUUGAGUAUUGUUUUGUGCCAAUAAUUUGAUGCUUCUUCUCCUUUUAUUUAAAUAGCAUCGACAGUAACUUUGCCAAAAUGUCAAUGAUUGCAAAGAAUCGCACUAAGAGUUCCUGGACGCCUUUGAGUAACGAGGAAACUAACAAUAAGAUAUUUGAAGAAAGAUCUUCCCUUUUAGGAAAAUGGUAUGAUAAGUGGACAGAUGAACAGAGAAGAAAAGUUUUAGAAGACCUGAUGAAUAGGUCCAAAAUAAAACAAUUAAAAUUUGUACAAGAGAUCGUGAACGAAAAAGUGCCCUGUAUACGUGAAGACUUUACCCGAGAACUGCCCAAAAUUUUAUCUGUUUACAUUUUUUCAUUCCUGGAUCCUAGAAGUCUAAGUCGAUGUGCAAGGAACCACUGGGCCAGGAAGGAUGAAUAUCAUGUGGAAUCAUUUCUCAGGAGAGAGCGGGGUUACUAUGGAUACGAAGCAGAGGAGAUUACUAGGCAAGCCAAGAGUAAAGUGAAGACUGGAACUAAUGUUCUUAACCAGAGCAGGAAAUCCCAAUCUCUGUCGCUGUUAAAUUAUUCAGAGGAUGCUAUGUCCAAUCAGAGGCCGCAGUGGGCAACCAUGAACUCCCCCUACGUGUCAUUUGAGGCCAAGGUCGUAGAUAAAAAUAAACGCAACAUCAGUCCCACUCGCAAUACCGGCAAUUCUUCACAGACGUUUUCACCCAUCAAACCCGGGUCACGACCCGUAACAGCCAGAUCAGAAAGAGACCCACCGACUGCCAGACUUUUCCCAGAGAAGCCCUGGAAGGUUCCUGAUGGUAUGGAUUCUGAUGAAGACAUUUAAUGUUCCAUAGCUAGAUAUCUCAAGUUAUAGACGUCCACUCAAUGUUCCAAGCCUGGUGACCAGUCAGCCAUAUAUGUUCAGAUUCCGACGUGUCCUGUCCAGUUAAUCAUAUAGAUCUCGACUUAUAAAAUACAGUUAAACCUCACUAUCUCAAACUCUGAUACCUCAAAUACUACAGAUAAAUCGAAGUCCCUACCACUAUAUUCUUAAUGUACUAUUUGAAACCUUGAUAUGUGGAACCUUCUUGGUCCCACAGAGUUUGAGAUAAAGAGGUUUGACUGUAUUCUAGAGCUGAUAUCAACCUAAGUGUCCAUCAUUUACAUCACUGUCUCGAUUCACAAUUUUUUUUUGUCUUUGAUAUCAAAUACAUGUAUUUCUGUUGUUGGUAAGAUAUUGUGCUCUGAAGGGGAUUCUAGAAUAUUUUUUGACUCGAGAAAAUUUUAUACUGUAAUUAGAAUUUAGAAACAUUUGUACAUGUAACUUUUGAAAAUGUGAUUGCUAAAUUUUAGUCUUAUUUUAACAAGUAACAGUAAUAUUUUGACUACAUGUAUUUAUGUAGUGAUUUUAGUUUUAUUUAUUAUUCCAGGACCUUUGUUUUGUAUUAGAUGUUAUUCUGUUACUGGCAUUGUGUACAUGCCGUUGAGUUCAUGCCGUCCAUUAAUUAUUUAUUUGGGAUGAUACUUUACAGUUAAAUAUUUGUAGAAUAUUUUACAUUAUAACCAUUAUUCCUAUUGAUUUUAUACAGAUAAAAUUAUUGAUUUUACUUCGUAUUUGAAUAUUUAAUGUAUUUUGUUUUUAGAUUCAAAUGAGAAAUUUUGGGGACAAUGAUCUUUAGCAGAUUAUUCAAUCAAGACUUCUUGAUAGAUUUUUUUUUACUUUUUUGUUUUUAUGUACAAACCAGAAAUUAGAAAUUUUUCAGUAUAUACAAAUUUUCAUGUUUAUCAAUUGUCAGAAAAUAUUUCAAAUGUCAAACACUAACAGCUGAUUUUAUGAUGAACAUGUUUUUUCUUU